AAUACAUUCACUCGCCGUCUUCAUAUCGCUUCACCAGUUGCAUUUGGUACGAGUGCAUUAUUUCUUUGUCUGAUUUUUUCAGUUUUAAUAAUCACAGAAGAUAUUAAGCUGUAAUGCUGCGUCCUGUAAUAACGAUUUUUUCAACGCUGAGGAAGAAGACACUCUUGACGAGAGCAAAAAAUUAUGCAACUGAAGCAAAAUUCGAAACGAGACCAUUCAAACUUCAUAACCUACAAAGUGGUCCUUUCACCAACACUACAGUCACAAAAGAUGAAGCACUUGCAAUGUAUACAUCCAUGCAAACGAUUCGACGAUUGGAAACAUCCGCCGGCAACUUAUAUAAAGAAAAAAUAGUACGAGGGUUCUGUCAUUUAUACUCAGGCCAAGAAGCGUGCGCAGUUGGAAUGAAGACUGCGAUGCGUCCUCAGGAUAAUAUAAUUUCCGCCUAUCGUGUUCACGGUUGGACUUAUUUAAUGGGUGUGAGCGUCAAAGGUGUUUUGUCUGAGUUGACUGGUAAACAAAAUGGUUGUGCUAGAGGUAAAGGUGGUUCAAUGCACAUGUACGCACCAAAUUUUUACGGAGGGAACGGAAUUGUGGGUGCACAGGUUCCACUUGGUGCUGGUGUAUCUUUAGCUUGCCAGUACAAAGGAAAUAAAGGAGUGUGCCUUGCACUGUAUGGAGAUGGAGCAUCGAAUCAAGGACAAGUGUUUGAAGCUUACAAUAUCGCAUAUUUAUGGAAUCUACCUUGUAUUUUUGUUUGCGAGAACAAUGGCUAUGGUAUGGGUACAAGUGCUAAUCGCUCAUCCUGCAAUACAAAUUAUUUCCAACGUGGAGAUGUGUUACCAGGCAUUUGGGUGGAUGGUAUGGAUGUUGUCGCUGUAAAGUUAGCCACUGAAUUUGCCAUCGAAUAUGUUCUGAAGAACGGUCCUUUGGUGAUGGAAGUGUUCACAUACAGAUAUUCCGGGCAUUCAAUGUCAGAUCCUGGAACCAGCUACCGCACACGGGACGAGGUGCAAGAAGUCCGUCAAACUCGAGAUCCAAUUUCAUCGUUCAAGGAUAAAAUAAUCAACGCGGGCUUAGUAACAGCAGAAGAGUUAAAGAAAAUCGAUAACGAAAUUAAGAAGGAGGUAGAUGAUGCUACAAAAUUCGCAAAAGCUGAUAGUGAAAUUGCGUUACCAGAAUUAAGUACUGAUGUUUAUGCUAAAAAUAUGGAAGGCAAUAUAAGAGGGGCUACCCCGAAUUCAUGGCUAAAACAUAGUAGUUUGAACCGAGCAGUUAAUCUUUAAUUGAGUGAUUUUAGUGGUUUUAACUAAUAAAUAAAGACUUGCCAUGCAAAUAAAA